AUGGCACUCACAUUGUUCAUGCCAACAAAAGGCCUGUCUCGUUGUCCACCAGCCUACGUCUAUCUUACCACACAUCGGCAUCAAAGUUUCGAACGUAAUGCCACAUUUGGCUCCGCGCAAACGGAGUGUGGUUUCCCGGACUGCAAUAGCUCAACCAUUGUUGACUUGUGGAUCCGCUUCAAACAUCAGCCACACAUGUGCAAUGCCUUCGCAGACCCGUGUCAUCUGUUUGCUGUGUACUACACUUUGGCGGAGUGUCCGGAGACCAGCCGUUCAUAA